ACCAGAGACCCCUCGUCUUAUGCAUAUAGAGUUUGGGAAUGACUCCACAGGAGCCAUGUUGCAUUGGAAAAGCACUGAAUCCUCAGAUCAUCUCAGAUCCUAUGUCAGGCUCCGCACAGAAAAUGGCUUCUGGAGAGCGGUAGAGGGAACAGAGCUCAGCGAGGGUCUGAUACAAAUGGUCGGCCUGAGGCCUCUGACUGAAUAUGAGUUCCAGAUGAGAACAUGUGAUUUUCGACCUGUUUUGAGAAAGUUGACUCCUGCAGGAAACGGCAGCGCUGUGUUUGUCUCCUGGUCGUCGCCAGGGAACAAACAUUGGUCAGCAUCUGGAGGAAAACUGCUGCAUUAUGUGUUAGAAUGGACACGUGUACCUGCACCUGUAUCUGUAUCUGUACUGUGGCAAAAACUGGCCAAAGAUCAAAACAACACAUCCAUCACAGGUCUGACUGCAGGUGUGAGGUACAGUAUCUCUCUGUACGCUGUGACCACCAGAGGUGUUAGUGCUCCAUCUUCCGGUCUGGUCUACUCCAAAGAACAGAGUAAGUUUCAUAGAUGCCACAUGUCCCCAAAACAGUUUAUUCCUACAAUUUUAAGCUUAAAGAUGAAAAUGUUUCAACAUCUGAGUUCAUCAUGUGAUAGAUUUUGUAAAUUUCUCAUAUAUAUGCUCAAUAGUAAUCAUCUUGUCUUACUAUGUGUUUCAGAGCCAGGAUCCAGUCCCAAAAUGUCAAUACUGGUCCACAAAGCCAGGCGGAUCUGGAUCCAGUGGGACGAGCUGCCUGUAGACCAGCAGAGAGGCUUCAUCACACACUACACCAUCUAUCUCCAGAUACUGGACUCCAACAACACAGAAGUCAGCGUGACGGUGGCUGGCUCCGGCCCCAGACAGAAGUGGCUGGACUGUCCUGAAGGUGCUCUGGCUCUGCAGCUGACCGCAUCCACCUCAGCAGGAGAAGGACCGCGGGGGAGCUGGAUCUCCUCUCGGCCUGCGACCCCUGUAGUUCAGUCUGUUGGCCUGGUGAUUGUGAUUGUCUUCAUCACGUUCUUCAUAGCGAUCAUAGCCAACCUAAUGUGCUGGAGUUGUGUGAGGGAAAGGAUCAAACAGAAAUGUAUAUCCUGGGGACCUGCCUGGUUUGAUGAAAACUUACCAAAACCAGGAAACAGUCUUGCCAUCAGACUACUGGAGCAGUGUGGAAGUGAACCGUCAUUCCCGUCCACCUGCAGUGACCCUCCGCUGUCCCCCAUCAGUUUUCUCUCCCAGGACGAGAGGGACGACGAGAUGAUGUAUCCCAACAUCCACGUCGAAAUUUCCCAGGUUGGAUCUGGACUACCCACAUGGGAUGCACCAUUAUCAGUGUCAGAUACUGGGACAACCCUUGUUGACAGCCGGCUGGAACAUGUCAGCUAUAAACCCCAGAUUGCUGUGGUGGCUUCACAAGGAGAGGAGGUGAAGCAGACAGACGAAGAGCAGAGGGACGUACCAACAAGUGGAGAAGAAGAAAGAUGUUCAAGUGCAUUUGGAGGAUUACUGAGUGGCUUACUAUCCAGUGUGGAGUUAGAAUUCUCUGAUUCACCUCUGGGGCUGACUCUCUGCUCUGUUGGCAGUGUUUUGCAGCCUACAACUCCUGAAACAACGAGUGUCUUGGAUGGUGGCUUCUCAAUGGGACAGAGGUUGGCAGAGAACAAUGUGGAAGCAGCCUCUGCCUCUCUGGAUUUACAACCGGGUGAAACAAUGACUCCUGACACAGCAGACACAUGUUUAUCUCUGUAUACUCUUGAGACAACACUUACAGGUGGUUAUUUCCCUCAGGUAGCUGCUGUUAGCAGCACUACAACCUGUGAAGCACAGAGGUAGCAGGGACAAUGGGAAUGACACAAACAGGACAAUCUGCGCUACUUAACUGAUUUUCAAGAAAGCAUUAUUUAAGCACUAUUUCCCUUCUAGUGAUGACCUUGUUUAGUCAGAUAUGAUAUGUGACUAUAAUCAGCUCUGUUAAAGGCCAAGAUAAUAAAUUAAUAUGAAAUGUGUAUAGUGAGUUUGAUUUAAUGCCAUUCUGGUAAGUGUGUAGCAAUACUAUUUAUUAUUUAUUUAACAUAUGUAACGCUAUGUUAAAUAAAUAAUUUAUUGAUCCGUUAAAGAUCAGCAGUAAGUAACGAGGACAAGAUUUGGGUUGUCAUUGUGGAAAAUCCUUUUGGCUGGCUUAUAUCUACCUACAGCAGAAUAUCCUCAGUCUUUUCGUAUGUCUCUGUCUGGACAGCAGUGUCUGUCAGUCUGUCCCUCAACUUUAGCUAUGCUCUGUGUUUAAAUAGCAAAUGUUAGCAUGUUAACACAUUAAACUAAGAUGGUAAGCAUGGUUAAUAUUAUAAUUCCUAAACAUCAACAUGUGAACAUUGUCAUUCUGAGCAUGUUAGCAUAUUGUCUGUAGCAUUUAGCUCCAAGCAACAUCACACAGCUGCUAGCAUGGUUCUUAGCCUAUAAAGUUUGUUCUUGUUUUGUUUCCUGUUUUAUUUUGUUGAAUCCUUCCUCAUUUGUACCUCUGACUGUGUGUGUGUUUGCUCAUCCUCUGUAUUUGAUUAUGUUUUCCUGUGUUUCCUGUUUUACUUUGUGUUGAUUGUAGCUCCACCCUUAUUGUUUCCAAUAAUAAUGCAUA